AUGGCUUCCAAACAGAAACAAACUUACAGCGUUUGUUUUUGCUGCCGGCGCCGGUUUAAGCUCGGCAUAUCCGAAGCACCGCCGCAGAUAAGAGAACUUUAUCACAAUUACUCCGAUGAAAGCGCCAUCAUGACUGCAUCUCACCUACAAAGGUUCCUCGUCGAGGUCCAGGGAGAUGAGAACAUCACAGAGAAUGAAGCACAAUCAAUCAUCGAUGGUCAUAAGCAUUUGAGUAUCUUUCAUCGAAGAGGUCUCAAUCUCGAAAGCUUCUUCAAGUUUCUCUUCAGUGAUAAUAACCCUCCCCUCUUACCUUCUCGCGGGGUGCAUCUAGAUAUGACUUUACCGUUGUCUCAUUAUUACAUACACACCGGUCAUAAUUCUUAUCUAACUGGAAAUCAGCUUAGUAGUGACUGCAGUGAUGCCCCUAUCAUCGUUGCGCUUCAGAGAGGGGUAAGGGUUAUUGAAUUAGAUAUAUGGCCUAAUGGAUCUAAGAAUGAUAUUGAAGUUCUUCAUGGAAGGACGUUGACUACUCCUGUGGCGCUUAUCAAAUGUUUGAGGUCUAUUAAGGAGUAUGCGUUCGUCGCGUCUGAAUAUCCGGUUGUAAUAACGUUAGAAGACCACCUUACUCCUGAACUUCAAGCCAAAGUGGCUCAGAUGGUUACUCAAACAUUUGGAGACAUACUAUUUUGUCCUAGCUCGGAAAGCUUGAAGGAAUUUCCUUCACCUGAUUCACUCAAAAGGAGGAUUAUUAUAUCAACAAAACCACCUAAAGAGUACCUUGAGGCAAAAGAAGUACAGGAAAAGGAGGAAUCGAGGAAGGAAAAGUCUUUAGGUGAUGAAGAAGCUUGGGGCAAAGAAGUCCCUAGUUUGAGAGGCGGUACCAUAUCAGAUUACAAGCAAAACAGCGGCGACGACGACGACGAUGAUCUUAAUGAGGAGGAAGAUUCUGAUGAUGGAGAAAAGUCACGUCAAAAUGGAUCCGAUGAAUAUAGACGUUUAAUUGCUAUUCAUGCUGGGAAACCUAAAGGUGGAUUAGUGGAAGGUCUCAAAGUGGAUCCUAAUAAAGUGAGACGUCUAAGUUUAAGUGAGUCACAGCUCGAAAAGGCGGCUGAAACAUAUGGAAAAGAAAUUGUCAGGUUUACUCAGAGGAAUAUACUGAGAGUGUAUCCGAAAGGUACUCGCAUUACCUCGUCAAAUUAUAAUCCAUUAAUUGGAUGGAUGCACGGAGCUCAGAUGGUUGCAUUUAACAUGCAGGGGUAUGGAAGAUCUCUUUGGUUGAUGCAAGGAAUGUUCAAAGCCAAUGGAGGCUGUGGUUUUGUUAAAAAACCAGAUUUUCUAUUAAAAACUGGUCCCAAUAAUGAGGUUUUUGAUCCUAAAGCUUCUUUGCCAUUGAAAACUACUUUGAAGGUGACUAUAUAUAUGGGGGAAGGAUGGUAUUAUGAUUUCGAGCAUACACACUUUGAUCAAUUCUCACCUCCAGACUUCUAUGCAAGGGUGGGGAUUGCUGGAGUCCCUUUUGAUACUAUUAUGAAAAAAACUAAAACAAUAGAGGAUAGUUGGUUGCCUUCUUGGAAUGAGGUAUUCGAGUUCCCACUUUCGGUUCCGGAGUUGGCACUGCUUCGCAUAGAAGUUCAUGAGUAUGACAUGUCUGAGAAGGAUGACUUUGGUGGGCAAACAUGUUUACCUGUGUGGGAACUAAGAAGUGGAAUUCGAUCAGUUCCAUUACAUUCCCGCAAAGGAGUUAAAUACAACAAUGUAAAGCUUCUCAUGCGCUUUGAGUUCAUCUGA